AUGUCCAGCGACAAGGCCCGCGCGCUUGGCGCGCUCCUGGACCGCGAGGACGACGACAUCGCCCCCGCCGCUGGCGACAAGGACGUGGAACCCACCGGUGACGUCGCGCAGCGACUUCAUGAGGAGCACGUCAAGCGGGAGCGUGCGGAGGCCGAGGCGCAACACAAGGCGCAAAUGCUGCGUGUUGCGCAGCAGCAGAUCGCGGAGUGGGCGCAGGAGCGUUCCCGCGACGCGGCGGAGCUCGCGGAGGUAUCGCGCGAGCUCCGGGACGGCCUCCAGGCCUCCACCGCGGACCCGGCACUUAUGACGCUGAUUGAGAAGCUGGUCGAGGGGCUGCAGCACGCGGCGAGCGACGCCGGCGCGGUCGCGGACCAGCAGCGCGAGGACGUGGCGGCGGCGGGGGGCGCGGGGCUGCGCGGGGAGGAGGACGGGAAGGCGGGCGGGAUGGAGGUGGAGGGGGUUGUCGAGGGGAACGGCAACGGCGCGGCGGAGCACGACGAGGACUCGGACCUGGACGCGGAGCUCGAGGCGGAGCUGGCGGAGGGCGGGGACGUGGGCGCGGUCAGCUUCGCGGAGCGCGCGCGGUGGAUCCCGCUCCGACUCAACAUGGAUGAACGGCGGCUCCUGCGGCUGCUGGAGGGGGCGCUGUCGGUGUCGGAGUACACAGAUAAGGUGGACAUCCUGACGUGGAAGAGCAAGGCCGGGCGGAUCAACAAGCAGGUUCGGUACCUGUGCAGCCUGCUGUGCGCGCUCGUGGUGGCCGAGGACUACAACGCCGGGCAGCGCCUCAUCAAGGAUCGGGACUUUGAACAGAACGCCGACUUCUUCCAGGCGUGCUUCGAGGUCGGGCGACGGUACAAGGUCAUGAACCCAGAUAAGAUGCGCAGCGACUACGGCAAGCUCAUGUACAUGUUGAUGGACUCCUGCGACCCGCAAAUCGAGGAGCUGCUCGGGUUCGAGUGCGUCAAGCCGCUCCUGACCGUCGGGUCCUUCCUCGACGAGCGCGGCGGCGCGCGGCUUCUCGAGGACCCCCUCAUGGAGACGGCGACGGCGGAGAUCGUCGCGGCGAACAGGCCGCGGCCGCACGUGCAGGCCGACAUCAAGCGCAAGGAGGCCGCGCGGAGCGCGCUCGCGCGCAAGUACAAGACCGCGCGGCUCACCGAGGACGAAAUCCUGUGGUGUAUCUACUCAAUCUCGGACAACAACAGCUACCUCUUCUUCAACCGCGACCCCGUGGACAAGAUGAUCACCAUGCUGACGACGUACUUCCGCCCGGACCAACACACCCCCCAGACGUCCCUGGCCAUCUCGUCGGGCCGCGGGGGCGCGCGUCUGAGCCACUCCCACGAGCGGCAGUACAACUACGUCCUCCAGUCGCUCACGCUCUGGCGCGAGGUCUCCACCGACAUGUUCAAGCUGUGGUGUUUGGCGGAGAGCGACCUCCUGCGGUCGGGGAACCGCUACCGGCUGUGCGACACGGGGCAGGGGCUCAACCGCGUCCAGCAGGCGCCCGCGACGUACCGCGCGAUGACCGCUAUCCUCGCGCGGUGCCAGCUGCGUAUCGGACACUGGGUGGGCUCCAGCGUGGUGCACCUGGGCGACCACAACGUGCCGAACGCGUUCAUGUUCAUAGACAAGUACACGCAGGUCCCGCGCAUCCUCAACCCGGUCACGCAGGUGCUGGAGGAGGUGCCCCGGCUGUGCGCGAACGACCCGCACGUGGCGCGCUACGUCAGCGAGACGUUCGGGUCCCCCGAGGGCGCGCGCGUGGCCAUUUUGCAGGACUUCUUCCGGCACGCCUUCGACGGGUCCGGCGCGGACAACUUUUUCGACGCGGGGUCGUGCAUCGACGGCCGCCUGACGUCAGCGUGGAACUGGUGCUCGAAGCUCGAGAAGAAAGCCUACUUCCACCUCUUCCGCCUCGCGGGGUUCCACACCUUCGACGGCGACUGGCAGAAGUGA